GAAAACCCCAACUGAGAGCUGACGAUGCGGAGGUUCUUUCCACUGCUAGCUGGAAUCGUCAUUGCGCUUGUCACUGGUGUCGUGAGGUGGAAAUGGGAGGUGAUAUCCAACUCUAACCUAUACAGACCACCAGUGCUGCAUGAAGUUCCAGAGAUCGCAGAAACCAUUCAACACAUCCACAACUCCCGGCACCUCAUGGUGUCUGCAUUUAAGGACCAUCGUAGACAGGGGGCCAUACGGAUCAUUAGCAUCCUCAGGAGAUCGGCACUGAAGAAGCUGUACUGUGUGCUCUGUGUGCAAGCUAACGCUAACGCUAGGACUGAGGCGGACGAGGCUCAUAGUCAAUGUGAGUCUAAAGAGGCAGUAGUUGAAAUACACAGAGAUCACUUUGGCUUUCCUUACGGGACUUCGGACAUAAUGUGCAACAGUCCGUCAUCCUUCAAGCCCACACAUGUGGCCAUAUCAAUGGACCCAAUCAUCACUGUCGAGAAUUUAAAAUAUUUACCCAUUCAAAACCAGAAGACCAAGGAUUCAUUUAAGUACAAUUUCACUGUGUGCAUAUCCAACCUCUUUGGUGAGUACAACAAUGCCCUCCAGUUUGUGCAGACCAUGGAGGUCUACAAGCUGAUUGGCAUUCAGCGAGUCGUCAUCUACAACACCAGCAGUGGGCCAGAUCUGGAGAAAGCACUCAAGUAUUACAGCAAAGACGGUAUGCUGGAGGUUGUUCCUUGGCCAAUAGACAAAUUCCUAAAACCUUCUCAUGGGUGGAACUCAAAGAGGUCACCCGGGGACUUGCAAUAUUAUGGGCAGCUCGUCACGCUAAACGAAUGCAUAUACAGACACAUGUAUCAGUCCCAAUACCUCCUGCUGAACGACAUUGAUGAGAUUAUUAUGCCUUACAAACACGCCAGCCUGGGGGACUUAAUGGACACCCUGCAGAAACGCCAUCCUCGCUCUGGGGUUUUCACAGUUGAGAACGCCAUUUUUCCCAUAACCCAGUUUAACAAGAGCGGACGCUUUAGUCUGCGCGAGUGGCGGAACGUGCCUGGUACGAAUAUCCUGGAGUACGUUUACCGCCGUGAGCCUGAGCAGAAGGGGGCGAUCAAGCACACUAAAAUGAUCAUCAAUCCUCGCUUUGUGCAGCAGACAUCCGUACACUCAGUCCUAAAGCACUUUGGACCCACCGUCAAGGUCAGCUUUGAUGUCUGCCACUUGAUCCAUGUCAAGAUACCUGGAAAUGGGACACUGUACAAAAACCAACUGCAUGAGGACAAGAGGCUUUGGGAGUUUGAGGAGAAGCUGAUACCCAACAUUAAUCGAGCACUUCAUGAGUCUGGACUCUUACUGUGA